CUCAUCUUCCGGUGUGGGCGUGUUUCCGUCAUCGUACGGAUCGGCAAUCAUUUCGAUCAGGCUGACGUUGACAUCUUCAUUUGAUCAAUAAUUUUGACUUUUUUUUAUGUUCCAGUUGGAGGCCAAAAAAUCAAAAUCAGGUGGGGGAAAAAAAAAAAAGACAAGGAUGCGGGGAAAGCACUUCCUGGUCGCACCUCCACGAUGACGUCAGCGGCUGCGUGAAUCAUCCUUCAUUUCUCCAGGGGGGGUCAGGAUGCUGACAGCGGACGUCAGCGUCGCCGACGAGACCCCCGUGUGACCCCCGUGUGACCCCCCCGGGCCCGGCUACUAGCUGCCACCAUGGAGGACAUCUUAAGGAGGCUCCACAAAGACGCAGCCGGACACAAGAACAAAAACCUCCGCGACGCCUGCUUGCUAGCCUGCGAAACACUCCUGUCCCAGAAUGCAUCAGCCACGAUGUCGCCGGCUGACCUGCGGGGGCGCUGCCUGUUGCCCCUUCAGAUGGCACUGGAGUCCAAAAACGUCAAACUGGGGCAGACAGCGCUGAGCGGCAUGCAAAAGCUCCUGUGUGAGGACCGCUUUGUGGGCGGGGUCAGCGAGGAGGCGGAGCCAAUGGAGAAGCACCUGCUCAGUCAGAUGCUGGAGGCGGUCAGAGUGACGCCCUUUCUGUACGAGGACCUGCAGGUGGAGGUGAUGAAGGUCCUCCUGUGCGUCACAUACUCGCCAAACUUUGACAUCAACGGAGACUCCAUCCUACGCAUCGCACAUGUGUGCAUGGAAACCUACGCCAGCAGCUGUCACCAGCGGAGCAUCAACACGGCAGUGCGAGCCACGCUCAGUCAGAUUUUGGGAGACUUGACCCUGCAGCUGCGGCACAGACAGGAGGAAGCAGACGGAGAGGAGCCGGCGACCCUCCCGCUGCAGAGAAAAGACGUGUCGCCCACCAGCCAGGCGCUGUGCGAGGAUGUCGUCAUGGUCCUGACACUUUUCUGUGACAAGCUGGAGUCGGUGGACGCCAGCAACCAGAUGCUGCAGCUGCUCUACCUGGAGUGCAUCUUGUCCAUGCUCAGCAGCUGCCCCCCCACAAUGCACCUGUCCAGAGGCUUCACUGACCUCGUGUGGAAGCAGCUGUGUCCGUCGCUGGUGGCCAUCAUGGGAAACCCUGUCAGCGACAAAACCAUCGCCUCCCACCACGGCCACAUGGGGGCACCAGAGGCCGAGCGACCCAACUUGGGACCGAGCCAGGACCCGGAGUCCGCCGUCGGAGCGCCGUCCGACCAAGGCAGAGGGUCGGGCUGUUCGUCCAUCGCCCCCGCCAGGAUUGCGGCGGUGGUGCGCACCGUGUGCUACGUGGCGGCCGAGCUGGUGCGUCUGGUGAGCUGCGUGGAGUCCAUGAAGCCGGUGCUGCAGUCGCUCUACCACAGAAUCCUCCUCUACCCGCCCCCUCAGCACCGCACCGAGGCCAUCCGCAUCAUGAAGGAGAUUUUGGGAAGUCCGCAGAGAUUGUUCGACCUGGCGGGGCCGUGCGUGGCAGAGCCUGAGAGCAGAAAGCGCUCGUUCUCCAAGAGGAAGUCUCACCUGGACCUGCUGCGACUGGUGAUGGACGGCAUGACGGAGGCGUGCGUCAAGGGAGGCAUGGAGGCGUGUUUCUGGUCCGUGUCCUGCACCUGUGCUCUGCUCAAAGCCCUGGAGGACCUGUCGCAGGGGCGGGGCCUUACGCCCGAGCAGGCCCGCCUCGUCGUACGGCGCAUGGACGAGAUGAAAGACGGGACGGAGUCGACGCGGGAGUCCAUGGAGGUCAACGAGGCCGACUUCCUGUGGCAGAGACACCUCCUGUCCUCCGAGGGAGCGCACUGGGACGCCUCCUCCAACGCGGCGCCGGCCGUCGAGCGAAGUCCCGACAUUAGCAUUAGCAUCACCACGGACACGGGCCACACCACUUUGGACCUGGAGCCGGUACUGCCGUCGCCCUCCGCUGGUGAUCUGGAGUAUGACAGGCUGGACUCCGAGAAGGCCGUUCAGCGGGAAGGCGGAGGAGACGGGAAGGACUCGGAUGCCAGGGGCGGGGCCCAAAGAGGAGGGGCGGUUCCUCCUGAUGUCGUCCAGCGAAGCCACGCCCUCGUCUACCCCGACAUCACCAACUUCCUGUCUGUGGAGUCCAGGACCAAGUGGCACCAUGGAGGAGACUCACGAUACAGUGAGAGCAACUUCAGUGUGGAGGAGCAGGACUUGUCCCGGACCGAGCUGGACUCGUGUGACCAGUACUCCAUGGCGGCCGAGAAGGACUCUGGUCGCUCCGACGUGUCGGACAUGGGCUCCGACAACGUGUCGCUGGCCGACGAGGACGAGCACACCCCCCGGGAGUUUUUGGGCCAGCGCUCGCUACGUACCGCCGCGCUCUCUCUCAAGCUGCUGCGCAACCAGGAGGCGGACCAACACAGCGCCGGCCUGUUUGUGCAGUCGCUGGCGACGCUGCUGCCCCGCCUCCUGGCGCUGAGCACCGGCCCUGCAGUGGACCAGCUGCUCCAGAGCUUCUCGCACACCUUCUGCUCGGGACUGCAAGCCGGUGGCAUCCCCUCGCCGGGUGCGGAGGCGGGGCUGACGCUGAGCUGCCAAUCGCUGAUGAACGCUGACGGCAUCUACUUACUGUCCUUCUACGCCCUGCUGCUCAACCUCAAACUCUGCAACUGCCUCUUCUACCAGCGCAGGACGCUGCCUCCCGCGCUCGGCCUGAAGGAGUUUGUGCGCCUGGUCCAGAGCAGCGGCGUGUUGGUGGUCUUGUCUCAGGCCUGGAUCCAGGAGGUCUACCACCUGGUCCUGGAGAGAGACCUGCUGGGCCAAGCGGGCUACUUGGGAUCCAAGGACGAGUGCACGCCGCCUCUCAUUGCCAUGCUGACUGACAUGGAUGGUCUGGGCAGCUGUGUGAUUGGUGGUCAGCUGAUCAGGACAUCCAGCCAAUCAUCUCUCACCUGCGACGCGGCAGCGGGUGACGUGGUCAUGACGGGGGGCGGGGUCUUCUCCCGCUUCAUCCUGUGGGGAGUGUGGAAGAACCUGAUGGAGGUGUUGUCCACGCCGCUGACGGGCCGCAUGGCCGGCAGCUCCAAGGGGCUGGGCUUCGUGCGAGAGCAGAGCCAGAGGGAGCGCGACGCCAUUUGUCUCAGUUUGGACGGCCUGCGCAAGGCCGCCGCGCUCAGCUGCGCCCUCGGUGUGGCCGCCAACUGCGCCUCGGCCUUGGCCCAAAUGGCCGCCGCUUCUUGCGUGCAGGAGGAGCGCGAGGAAAGGGAGGGGCCGGAGGCGGGAGACCCCAUCACACAAGUGAAGCAGCGUCUGGAGCAGAUGGCGCGUCCUCAAGGUGUUCGCCUGCACACGGCGCACGUCCUGUGCAUGGACGCCAUCCUGAACGUGGGCUUGGAGAUGGCCAGCCACAACCACGACUGCUGGCCGCACGUCUUCAGGGUGACGGAGUACAUCAGCUCCCUGGAGCACAGUCACUUUGGCGACGCCUCCUCUCAGCAGCCGUCGCUGCCUACUGUUGCCCAGCGCGGGGGACCAGAGCCCACCUGCGAGCCCCAGGAUCCAGAGCCGGGCCCCGGCCUGCCGGUCAUCCGGCCGCCGACCAUCCAGGAGCUGCUCGGCGGCGGCGGAGGAGGGCGGAGUCUGGACCUGAAGCCAGGGAUCCUGAUGACGGGGCCCGGCGCCGCUAAGGCGGUUUGCACGCUGUCCACGCAGACGGACAGGUUGUUUGAGGAAGCUGCGUCCAAACUGAACCUGGUGGCUCUGGUGGGCUUCCUGCAGCAGCUGAGGAAGGUGUCUCAGUGUCAGUUGUUUGAUUCUGCCACAGAGACGGGCGAUUAUUCACUGGCAAUGCCUGGAGAAGCAAAGUCCACGUUGGAGCGCCACAGCGCCCUCCAUCUCUUCCGUCUGGGCGAAGCCAUGCUGCGUAUCGUCCGAAACAAAGACCGUCCGCUACUCCACAUGAUGAGGGCGUGGAGUGUGGUGGCGCCACACCUGGUGGAGGCGGCGUGUCACAAAGAGCGCCACGUAUCCCGGAAGGCCGUGUCCUUCAUCCACGAUGUCCUGACGGAGGUUCUGACCAGCUGGGUGGAGCCGCCUCACUUCCACUUUAACGAAGCGCUCUUCAGACCCUUUGAGCACAUCAUGCAGUUGGAGCUGUGCGACGAGGACGUCCAAGACCAGGUGGUGACGUCCAUCGGCGAGCUGGUGGAGAUGUGUUCGCCUAAAAUCCUGUCCGGAUGGCGGCCUCUGUUCAGCGCUUUGAGGACUGUGCACGCCGCCAAGAUGGAGGUCAAAGACUACCUGCUGGGAGAAUAUUCCGUGGGCGUCAAGUGUCAGGCACCGGUCUUUGAUGUCUUCGAGGCGUUCAUCAGCACGGACAACAUCCAGGUGUUUGCCAACGCCGCCACAGACUAUAUCAUAUGCCUGAUGAAGUUCGUCAAAGGUUUAGGCGAGGUGGACUACAGGGAGAUCGGCGACUGUGUCCAGGCAUCGUCCUCCAGCUCCACCGAUCUCUGCUUGCCGGCGCUCGACUACCUGCACAGAUGUUCUCAGCUGCUGGCCAACAUUUACAAGAUGCCAUCCAAGCCCGUCUUCCUGGGGGCGCGCCUUGCCAGCCUGCCCUCCAGGACACACGAACACUCGACGGGCAGCGAGGACGGCCUGGACGGCGUCCUGCAGGAGUUUGACGACAACACGGGUCUGAUCCAGGUGUGGAUCCUGCUGUUAGAACAACUGACGGCGGCCGUCUCCAACUGUCCUCGUCAACACCAGCCUCCCACCUUGGAGAUGCUCUUCCUGCUUCUGCGAGAGGUCGCCGUCGUGCCAGGUCCGGGGUUCGCCAUCUUUGCUGUGGUCCAGCUGCUGAUUCCUGUGAUGUCGCUGUGGCUGCAGCGUAGCCACGGCGACCACGCCUACUGGGACGUGGCGGCGGCCAAUUUCAAACACGCCAUCGGACUGUGCUGCGAGCUGGUGGUGGAGCACGUCAACACCUUCAUACACACAGAUGUGGGUUGUGAGUCCCUGAUCAACGUGAUGCUGAGAGACGUCUUCAAGCUGCUGGUGGCUUGUGUCUCUCAAGCGGCAGAGAGCAUUUCCAGAGUGGGCUGCUCCUGCAUCAGGUAUAUUCUGGUGACAGUGGGUCCCGUAUUCACUGAGGAAAUGUGGAGGUUGGCAUGCUGUGCCCUGCAGGACGCCUUCUCCGCUACCUUAGAACCCGUCAAGAACCUUCUGGCGUGUUUUCGGAGCGGUUCUGACAGUUUCUGCGGAGACGCCUGUGAGGUCAAAGUGGCCGCCCCCUCGUCCUCGCCAGCAGCGGAGGCCGAGUACUUGAGGAUCAAAGCCAUGGCCCAGCAGAAUCUCCUGGCGAGUUUUUGGAGCGGUUCUGACAGUUUCUACAGAAACGCCUGUGAGGUGUUCAUGUUGGACAGUCAAUGUUCUCCAAAGACACCCAACAACAAGGACGGUUUUGAGCACGCUCAGUCGUGUGUUUUGAUCAUUGAGUUGCCACCUGACCACCACUCCACUGGGCAUGCUCCGAAGAGGAUUCCGUUCAGGACCAUCGUGGUCAGCCUGCUGUCCCAUCAGGUUCUGCUCCAGAACUUGUCCGACAUCCUCUUGGAGGAGUUUGUCAAGCAGCCUGAAGGUCAGGAGAGGGCGACGCCCGUCACCCCUGACCCUGGGCGACCCGCGGCGGGCUUCCUGCGCUACGUGUCCAUGACCAACCUUUCCAUCAUCCUGGACCUGCUGCUGGACUCGUACAGGACGGCGCGGGACUUUGACACCCGCCCGGGCCUCAAGUACCUGCUGAUGAAGGUGUCGGGCGUGUGCGGCGCCGCCAACCUCUACCGCCAGUCCGCCAUGAGCUUCAGCCUUUACGUGCAGACGCUGCUGAGCGCCAUCUUGAGCCAGGCGGACGCCAUGACGGCCCAGCAGGUGAAGAGGAUGCUUUAUGAGGAAGAGGAGGGAAGCUCCGACUCUUCUCAUCCUGGAUCGGCGUCCUCAGAGGACGAGGACAUCUUUGAAGAGACGGCACAGGUGAGUCCCCCCCGCGGACGGGACCAGCGCCACCAGUGGCGAGCCGCCAUGACGUCCCUGAGCGUAGCGCCAGGGGGCGGCGCCGACUGGGCGUGGCUGGUCAAGCGUCUCCACAAGCUUUGCGCGGACUUGUGCAGCAGCUACAUCCAGAUGCACCGCGACCUGGAGAGCGCGCUGGAGGACACGCCCCUGCCGCCACCCCCGCCCCGGGGCGCCGAUCCCGCCUUCUUCCUGCCGCUUUUCCAGUCCGAGGCCUCCACCCCCACGUCGCCGAGUCAGACGGCGGAGACGAGCACGGCGUCGCCAGGGGACACGCCCACUCAGAGUCCAGGAUACAGCUGCACAGGAAGUCUCCCUCACAGCUUCCUGAGCGGGCGCGGCUCUUCUUGGGGCCGAAGGAAGGACUGGUGGGAGAGCGCGGGCAGCAAACUGUACUCCAUGGCAGCGGACCGCAGCUUCAGCAAGCUGGUGAGCGACUACAAGCGCAGGAAGCAGCAGAACCACCUCCACCGCGGCGCCAGGGAGGGGAGGGGCCCUGUGGAGCCGCCCCAGAGGCCCCAGCAGCUGGUGGACAAGCAAGGACCCCCGCUGAGGCACUCGGUCAGCGCCGGACCAGAAGUCCUAAGGCAGGAGAACCGCUCGCGUUCCGGCUCCACCUUCAGUUCUCACGGCGUGUCUCUGAGGGACGCCGAGGCCCAGAUCCAGGCCUGGACCAACAUGGUGCUGACCGUCCUCAACCAGGUCCUCCUGUUGUCCGACUCCACCUUCCUGGCGCUGCAGCCGGCGCUCUACCCCAGCCUCAGCCAGCUGGCAUGCCACGUGGCUGACAACCGCGUGCGCCAAGCGCUGCGCGAGUGGCUGGGCCGCGUGGGCAGACUCUAUGACAUCGUGGCCUGACCGCCGAGACGGCGUCGGCGCCGCUAACUUCGCCCAAAGAUGAUGAUGUCGUUUGUUCGGAAUAUUAUUUAUCACUUCCUGUAUUUGUUGUGCGUGUUCUCCGCUUGAUUAAACAUUGUGAUGAGCAGCACUCCA